UCCCCCAGAGGGGUGGGCUGCGGCGCGGGGGAAGGAGACGCUGCCCUUCCGCGGCCAUGGCGCGCGGCGCGGGGAGAGGGUGCCGAGCGGGGCCGCGCGCCCCCCCCGCCGCGGAGGAGGAUUGUUGGAUGAAGGCCAACUCCAGGACUCUGAGCCAGAUGUCAGAGAAAAGUUGGAUUCUUUUGUGAGCAGCUCGCACAGCAUCCACAAGUGCCCUUCCCCGUUGUGGCUCCCGAAGGUGCCCAGAUCCUGGUGCAGCCAUGGCAUUCAGAAGGACAGAGGGAAUGUCCAUCAUGCAGGCCUUGGCAAUGACUGUGGCAGAGAUCCCCGUGUUCGUUUACACAACCUUUGGGCAGUCUGUGUUCUCUCAGCUGCGGCUCUCUCCAGGCCUGCGCAAGGUGCUCUUUGCCACAGCCCUGGGGACCGUGGCCUUGGCUCUCGCAGCUCAUCAGCUGAAGCGGCGCCGCCGCCGAAAGAAGCAAAUUGCUCCGGACAAAUGUGGCUUUAAACCAGGAGGGAUCACAGUGCCCAUCCUGCCAACCAGGAGGGUCUCCUCUGUGAAGAAAGGAUACUCCAGCAGGAGAGUGCAGAGCCCUGGCAGCAAGAGCAAUGACACACUCAGCGGGAUUUCCUCCAUUGAGCCCAGCAAACAUUCCAGUUCCUCCCACAGCCUGGCCUCGAUGGUCGCAGUCAACUCCUCAAGUCCAGUUCCCCCAGGGAUGUGGGAGGCCCAGGCAAUGGGAGAUGUUGCAGCCAUUGGUGAUUCCAGUGCAGAAAGCCUCUAUGUUCAAGGCAUGGAGCUGUUUGAGGAGGCCCUGCAGAAAUGGGAACAGGCACUGAGCAUCAGGCAGAGGGACAGUGCUUGUACCAGCACCCCUGUGCCCUGGGACAGCAGCAAACAGCAGGAGAGCAUGUCUGAGAACAUUUCAGAGGAGGAAUCCCAGAAAAGGGAGUUUGCUGAGAAGCUGGAGUCCCUCUUGCACCGAGCCUACCACCUCCAGGAAGAGUUUGGCUCCUCUCUCCCAUCGGACAGCGUGCUGCUGGAUCUGGAGAAGACUUUGAUGCUUCCGUUGGCGGACGGAUCCUUGCGGCUGCGGACGGAUGAUGAGGACAGCUCCACUUCGGAGGAUUCCUUCUUCUCUGCAGCAGAGCUCUUUGACUCUCUCCCCUUUGAGCAAAUGCCAUUCCACCUCUCCAAGCCAGUGGCAGCAUACGAAGAAGCUCUGCAGUUGGUGAAAGAAGGGAAGGUCGCGUGCCGGACGCUGAGGACAGAACUCCUUGGCUGCUACAGUGACCAGGAUUUCCUGGCGAAGCUGCAUUGUGUGAGGCAGGCAUUCCAGGAGCUGCUGGAGGAUGAAAGCAAUCAGCUGUUUUUUGGGGAGGUUGGGAAGCAGAUGAUGAUAGGACUGAUGACAAAAGCUGAAAAGAAUCCCAAAGCUUUCCUGGAAAGCUACGAGGAGAUGCUGCGUUAUGCCUUGAAGCAGGAGACCUGGCCAACCACUCAGCAGGAGCUCGAGGGAAGAGGGGUGGUGUGCAUGAGCUUCUUUGAUAUUGUGCUGGACUUCAUCCUCAUGGAUGCUUUUGAGGAUCUGGAGAACCCUCCCUCCUCGGUGCUGGCUGUGCUGCGCAACCGCUGGCUGUCCGACAGCUUCAAGGAGACGGCUCUAGCAACUGCUUGCUGGUCAGUUCUGAAAGCAAAAAGGAGGCUUCUGAUGGUACCAGAUGGCUUUAUCUCUCAUUUCUACUCCGUAUCGGAGCAUGUCAGUCCUGUUCUAGCCUUUGGUUUUUUGGGGCCCAAGCAGCAGCUAUCUGAAGUCUGCAGUUUCUUCAAGCACCAGAUCGUGCAGUAUCUGAAGGACAUGUUUGACUUCGACAAUGUGAGGUACACGACGGUGCAGCUGCUGGCAGAGGACAUCCUGCAGCUGUCGCGGCGGCGCAGCGAGAUCCUCUUGGGAUAUCUGGGCACCGAGACUGCCCCGGAGAUGAACGGCGUGCUUCCUGCGGAAACCGAGCCGCUGAAGGAGGAGCUCAUCUGAUGUCAGUGGAGGAAAACACUUUUGUACAAGGACCUUUUCCUCCCGGAGAUGGAUAAAACUACCUGCAAAGUGCAGCGGUGGCAGCAAGACUAUGUGAACACACAGCAAUCUGGUGGGACCUUCUGCUUUUUGUAGCCAGUAGUGUUUGCUGGGAUGGAUCCAGGACCACUUGCCAAGUUAUGGUUUGAAUUUCUUCUUUGUUCCACCUUCCUGUCAUUUUUAUUACUUUCACUGUUUCAUAGAUACAUUGUGUCCUGAACUGCCCGGGCCCAGAUUUUUGCCCAAUUCUCUUGAAUAGGGCAAUGUAUGUACCUGUUUUGCCUUUGUGUGUUCUGGGAGGUGAAUCACUGACGUUUACGAUUGUGUGUGGGAACAGGAAUAUUGUUGGUAAAUUCUCCACUUGACCAUUAGCUUCUCAAGGAGGCUUUGCGUGCUUUGGGAUUUUUAUUACUGUUCUUCUCUGCUGUGUUCCUACAGACACUAAUGACUGCUGAUUUGUACCUUAAGUGUGAUAACAUAUGCAAUGUGACUAGCAAAGAUUUCUUUCCUGGGGAGGAAGAAAUAGUUCUGUAAAGCACUGAGUAAAAUGCAGACUUUUGUAAGGAGUCUGAAGCUCUGGGGAAAUUGGUCUGUUCCCUUGGUAUUGCUGCUCUUUGGAGACCAGAUGACGAGCUCUGUGUCCUGGUCAUCCUUGCUUAGGAGGUUGCUGAGGUUUAUGUUUGCCCCUAAGGCAGGUUAGUUUGAGAAGGGGGAGAUUUGCAUUUUGCCUGUGCUUGCACAAAGUCUUUGACACCCAUCAAAGUGCCUUGCUGGAUUUCAGAAUGAGCCAGCAGCAGCAUUUGCUGGGUAGGAGGUGUGGGGUGUGUACAAGCAGGGGGAAGGGGUAAUAAUAUGGUGCCUAUUGCUGUUGUGCACACGGUAGUGAGAGGUGUAGAUGUUGGAGGUGAGGUUAUGUGUGUGGAUAGUUGGAGAGCUGGGAUCAAGCUUCUAGAGAGGAAAUUACUCUUUACAGUUUGUCACUUCUAAAAAAUACAGCAUAGUUUUGGGUAACGA